AUGGGUUGGAGACCAAAAGAUAUCGCCCGAAAGUUGGCGGAUAAAGAGAAUCUCGGCCAGGACGAGAUCAACGAGAUCUUCGGGGAUUUCGAGUUUUUGAGCAAUAAAAAUGUAAGUUCAAUUGACGUAUUUAACAUUCUUUUAUGUAGGGGUUCAAUUUAUGUUUGUAUAUCGCGCUCCAUCGCUUGUCCGUCGAAGAUAUCUGGGCCAAAGUUUGUGAUCUGGCUGUUAACAGCAACAUGAACAGGUGAUUUAUUUUUCUCUGCUUUCAAUUGAUUGAUUUCGAUAAUUCAAUAAUUUCCGUGGUUUUUAGAAAGCAUUGCGAACUUCUUGGCCGCCUCAUAUUUGUAUAUUACAUAAAAUCUCCCGAAUUUGAGGAGGAUUCGAUUCCAAAUGGUCACAGAAAGGCAUGGAAGGAGCUGAUCGCAGAAGAAUUGUUCAAACCCCUUAUGGAGUGUUGUGUGUUGGGAAAGAAGGCGGCUUUAGCCGAGUCAUUGCGAAUGGUAAAUGCUUUCUGAUAAGUUUUUUUUUAUUGUUUUAGGUAUUCCGUUCUCUGGUUUUGGAGCAACGAGCAGAUCUAAAUCGGCGGUUGUUUAAAAUAAGCAAAGGGCUUGUUUGGAGAUAUCUUGAUGUGAGUUCCAUUUUUGAGUUGCUGUUUGUUUACAAGGCUUUGGUUUUUUAUAUAAUUUUAGUCUCCAAACGACACUAUUCGAAUGGGUGCCUUCUAUGUACAGCAAAAUCUAUUUCCACCAACUUCGGAAGAUUCUCUGGAUGCCGAAAGAUACUUUAGUUUCCAUUUGAAUGCUUUUAUCUCUGCAUUGGAAGAUCUCUCACUACCAGUUCGAUUGAUGUCCCUAGAGAAUGUGAUGGAGAAAUUUAGCUAUUGGUUUGACGAAACUCCUCCGGAGUUCAGGAAACGAAUGAGAGAAGUGCUGGACACUUUGGUUUCCGAUGUUAACGUCAAAACAAGGGCUGCAAUCUUCAAAGUAUGAUGGUUUAUAUAAUUUGGUAUCUAAAUUUUAGGCUUUUCGAUUUUUUGCUGCUCAAGUCUCCAUUCCGGCCAAGAACUGGGCCAAGGAGGUUUUGAAGGUCUAUGUUCCGAACGGUGUGGAUGAUGUCAAGGAGAAAGUUAGACUCAGCGCUUUCAAAUUGUUGAAUUCCCUUAACAGCGACCCAGAAUUUGUAAGAAUACUAUAAUUUGGACGGAAUAUUACCAAUAUUUUUAGGAUGUAUACUACCUUGUUGAUCUCCCUGCCAUCCUAAAUAGAUUGGAUUUCGAAGAAAGUCGUGAAAUCGAAUUGGAAAUCGGGAAAUUACUUUGCGAAAAAUGGUUUGGCUCAGUUUCUUAUGUACAAAAGUUCUUGAACGUAUCUCAAUUAUGUAAAAUUAAUCGAAAUGCCGCUUUGGAUUUGCAUCGAGUGAUAAUUGGAGAGGAGAUUAUGAGUAAAGAGAAGUCUUGUAAGUUGCUUUGUUAUUAUUUUUAUCUCACUUUAGUGUCGUAUAUCUGCGGUCUCUCCGAAUUCCUUCCAAUGAUAUUGAACAAAUAUUGUGGUGAUAAAGUGGAUCUGGAUUUUGAUCUCAGUCGAGAAUUUAAUAGUCAGAGUAAUGAUAAAAGUAAGUUUUGAGAUGGUUCUGAUAUUGGUGAUAAUGCCCGAUCUAGUGUAAGAUAAUUGUUUUGAUUGUUUAGAAUUGGAGUCCCUCAAAGAUGUGAUAGAUUGUCUUGUAGUCAGUUACACGCUUCUUCAGCCUGAUCUUAAGGAAAUUUGUGGAACUCAGAGUUCGGAUAUUGAGUUAACCAUAAUCCAGAGAAGAUUUUCCGAGGCCAUUUCUAUUAUUUUCGACAAGUUCAGCGAUAAUGAAGGACUCAUGGACACGGCUUUGACCUUGGCCACGAUGUCCCCAAAAGUUGUCAAUUGCAUGCCAAAGUUUAAAUUGGAUACAGAGAGACAAUUAAGGAGCGGGAGAUUAGAUGAUAAGAGGUUACAGGUAAGAAUUUGGUUAUUUUACUCAAUGUUUUAGGUAUUUGCUAUGGCUGAUAUGGAUAAAGUGGUCCAUUUGAUGUGUGAAGGGUUGGAUCAAUGUAAACGGACCUCUGAGAAGUUCAUUGUCGCCACUCCAUCCCCUGCAAAACGUCCUCGUCUCUCCUCGGUGUUCCUGAACGAGGAAACGGUCAUCGACGCGUUGAACUCUCUGAUCUGUACUUCUGUCACCAAGGACUAUUUAUUUACUGUAAGAUUUGAUUAACCUUUUCCGUCCUUGAAUUGUUUUUUAAAACCAACUGAAUUUAAAAAUGUUGUUUUCUGAUGUAAAAUUGUUUAUUUCAGACCUUCAUCACCUCCCUGAAUAAUAUCGUUAGGACGUUGUGUGAGAUCAGAGAGAACUAUUUAUUAUCAUUGAGACCAAAAAGAACGAGGUUUAAUAGUCUGGGGAUCCUCGUAAAAACAAUCGAUCUCCUCACAGUUCUCCUCGUUUUCAAAUUCACGGAUGAAAAGGAGCCCGAAGAAGAGAAAACAACUACUCCGAAGGGAAGGCGGAAGAAAUCUUUGAAUAAUUCGGUCGGAACUCCAAAAUCAGCCAACAGAAAGAGGAAAUUGAGCGCUAGUUUGUCGCCGGAAAGGUAUUUGCAAUUGGAUCCGUUGACAAAGGACGUGGACUUGUACAGUCUUCAUUUCAAGUCAUGCCCUGAGGCCAUUUUGAAAAAGGUUGAGGUAUCAGAAGCUAUCUUGAGGUCGAUUGGAAUCAUGGCCAAGUCAUUUGUCCACGAAAAAAGAGUCUUGGAGGAAGCGUUGAGAUUUGUGGAGGGUCUGAAACAAUAUAAAGUAAGUUGGAGUUGUUCUAUAAUAUUUUGAAUGUUUUUUAGACCUCCCAUCCUCGAAUUCCCUUUCCCGAGCCUGCUUACGAUGAUUGUUGCCAAUCCAUUGAUCAUGCCUUAGGGUUUGCUCUGGAGUCCGCCCCUUUUCGAUCACCCAGGCUCUCUUUCAGCCCCGAAUUGUAAAUUUGUUUUUGUUAGCGUAAUGUACAGUAUUUAGUAGUUAUGUAUCCGUAUUACCUUAA